UUGAAGCCCAGGAUGAUCUUGUCCAAUGCAACAGCUGCGACGCCCUUUCUGACCACGCUGUUGCAGGAGACGGUUCAGCAGGGCAGCAACAUGUCUGGCCUGGCCCGCAGGGCUCCCUAUCACGGCGACAGCAAGCUAGAGGCACUCUACGUCCUCAUGGUGCUCGGCUUCUUCGGCUUCUUCACCCUGGGCAUCAUGCUGAGCUACAUCCGCUCCAAGAAACUGGAGCACUCACACGACCCAUUCAAUGUGUACAUCGAGUCGGACACUUGGCAGGAAAAGGACAAGGCGUACUUCCAGGCUCGGGUGCUGGAGAGCUACAGAUCGUGUUACGUCUUUGAGAACCAGCUGGCUGUAGAACAACCCAGCACCCAUCUUCCUGAGGAGAAGCCUUCACCAUGA